AUGAAUAAAAUAUACUACAUAAUCUUUUUAAGCGCCCAGUGCCUUGUGCACAUUGGGAAGUGCGGGCGAAACCAGAAGCCGAGCAGGCUGACCCGUAGCGCCAACAACGUUCUACUGGAAAAGGGGCCUACCGUUGAGAGAAGCACACGAAUGAGUAACCCCUGGAAAGCGUUCAUGGAAAAAUACGACAUCGAAAGAACACACAGUUCUGGGGUUCGAGUGGAUUUAGGGGAAGAUGCAGAAGUGGAAAAUGCAAAGUACAGAAUUCCAGCUGGAAGAUGUCCUGUUUUUGGAAAGGGUAUCGUUAUAGAGAAUUCUGACGUUAGCUUCUUAAGACCUGUGGCUACAGGAGAUCAGAAGCUGAAGGAUGGAGGUUUCGCCUUCCCCAAUGCGAAUGACCAUAUCUCCCCAAUGACAUUAGCGAACCUUAAGGAAAGGUAUAAAGACAAUGUAGAGAUGAUGAAGUUAAACGAUAUAGCUUUGUGCAGAACCCACGCAGCUAGCUUUGUCAUGGCAGGGGAUCAAAAUUCGUCCUACAGACACCCAGCUGUAUACGACGAAAAGGAAAAAACAUGCCACAUGUUGUAUUUAUCAGCGCAGGAAAAUAUGGGUCCGAGGUACUGCAGCCCAGAUGCACAAAAUAGAGAUGCCGUGUUCUGCUUCAAGCCAGAUAAAAAUGAAAGCUUUGAAAACCUGGUGUAUUUGAGCAAAAAUGUGCGUAAUGAUUGGGAUAAAAAAUGCCCCCGUAAAAAUUUAGGAAACGCCAAGUUCGGAUUAUGGGUGGAUGGGAACUGCGAAGAAAUUCCAUACGUUAAAGAAGUGGAGGCAGAGGAUCUGCGCGAAUGCAACCGAAUCGUUUUCGGAGCGAGUGCCUCAGAUCAACCAACUCAGUAUGAAGAAGAAAUGACGGAUUAUCAAAAAAUACAACAAGGGUUUAGACAAAACAACCGAGAGAUGAUUAAAAGUGCCUUUCUUCCAGUGGGUGCAUUCAACUCGGAUAAUUUCAAAAGUAAAGGAAGAGGAUUUAACUGGGCAAAUUUCGAUUCUGUAAAAAAGAAGUGUUACAUUUUUAAUACCAAACCGACUUGCCUCAUUAAUGACAAAAAUUUUAUUGCAACAACGGCGUUAUCUCACCCACAAGAAGUAGACCUGGAGUUCCCCUGCAGCAUAUAUAAAGACGAAAUUGAAAGAGAAAUUAAGAAACAAUCGAGGAACAUGAAUCUGUACAGUGUUGAUGGGGAACGCAUUGUCCUGCCGAGGAUAUUUAUCUCCAACGAUAAGGAGAGUAUCAAAUGUCCCUGCGAACCUGAGCGCAUUUCCAACAGUACCUGCAACUUUUACGUUUGUAACUGUGUAGAGAAAAGGGCGGAAAUUAAGGAAAAUAACCAAGUUGUUAUAAAGGAAGAAUUUAGGGAUUAUUACGAAAAUGGGGAGGAAAAAUCGAACAAGCAGAUGCUACUAAUCAUUAUCGGAAUAACUGGUGGCGUGUGCGUCGUCGCGCUGGCCUCUAUGGCCUACUUCAGGAAGAAGGCUAACAAUGAUAAGUAUGACAAGAUGGACCAGGCAGAGGGGUACGGGAAGCCCACCACCAGGAAGGACGAGAUGCUCGACCCCGAGGCCUCCUUCUGGGGCGAGGACAAGCGGGCCUCCCACACCACGCCCGUGCUGAUGGAGAAGCCGUACUACUGA